AGUUUCAGUCAUUAUCUAUGACUGGCAUUACUCAAGAAAAAAAAAUUUAAAUAUUUACAUAACAAGAACCGCUUUCUUUCAAACGGGUUUUAGGAUUACGAAGCAAUUUUUAUUUCACUUAUAUACACCCAUAUAAAAUGACUCAAAAUUAGAAAAAAGGUUCAGUAAGCUGCAAGACCAGCAGCGCGUAAAAUUUUUAAUUCGCUGUUUAUGUUAAAAAUAUUAACAUGGUUCUUUUAGGAAGGCAAGGCUUUGUGUCACCAUUGGCUCAGUGUGCAGUCAGACUGCUGUCAUCCGUGCCUCAGCCGAAGACCCAGGCUGUGGGCAAACCCAAAACUGGCAUCGUCAUGAUGAACAUGGGUGGACCAGAAUCAUCAGAGCAAGUGCACGAGUAUCUGCUGAGAAUAAUGACGGACUCUGACAUGAUUCAGCUGCCUGUUCAGAGCAAACUGGGACCAUUUAUUGCAAAGAGGAGGACUCCUGAAGUGCAGAAGAAAUACAAUGAAAUUGGAGGAGGAUCACCAAUAUUAAAGUGGACAAGAUAUCAGGGUCAGCUCUUGUGUGAAAAACUGGAUUUGCUGUCACCGGCGACGGCACCUCAUAAGUAUUACGUUGCUUUCCGCUACGUUGACCCACUGACAGAACACACACUUGCUGAGGUGGAGAAAGAUGGAGUCGAGAGAGCGAUUCUCUUCUCUCAAUACCCGCAGUACAGCUGUGCGACCACUGGCUCCAGCUUCAAUGCAGUCUACUCGUACUACAAGAACCGGAAUGCUCCUUCAAAUAUCAAGUGGAGCAUCAUUGAUCGCUGGGCAACUCACCCACUCUUGGCGAGGACCAUUGCGGACCGCAUAAACACAGAACUAAACAAAUUCUCAGAGGAUGUACGCAAAGACGUCCUCAUUCUUUUCUCGGCCCAUUCGCUUCCGUUGAAGGCAGUCAACCGAGGGGACGCAUACCCUUCAGAGGUUGGUGCAACUGUGCAGGCUGUAAUGGGGGAACUGGGCAACAGCAAUCCAUACAGCUUGGUUUGGCAGUCAAAGGUUGGGCCCCUUCCGUGGCUUGGUCCUUUCACUGAUGAUGCUAUUAAAGGUUACGUGAAACAAGGAAAGAAGAACUUUAUCCUGGUGCCAGUUGCAUUUGUAAAUGAGCACAUAGAAACCUUGCAUGAGAUGGACAUAGAAUAUGCUCAUGACCUAGGAAAAGAGCUCGGUGUAAAAAUCUGCCGCGCAGCAGCGCCCAACGACCACCCGCUGUUCAUCAACGCCCUGGCCGAUGUGGUGAUCAAGCACCUCGCCAGUAGCCAGCCAGUUAGUGCCAAGUUCCUAACCAGGUGUCCACACUGCACCAACACUCGCUGCGACAAGUCCAAGGCCUGGUUCGCACAGAUCUGUCGUAGUUGAGUCUGUUUUUCCUGUCAUUGUGGUUUAGGUAACAUUUUCUUUUGAAUCAAGAGACUUUCUAAUCUCUUGUAUCUUUCUUGUUUCAAAUAAAUUUUUUAAAAUAA